AAACAUUAUUGAGGCUUACAUCUGCCUGCUACAAUUUUAGAGAAUGAAUCAAUAUACCAAUUAAGCGAUCAACGGAAACUCGGCGACGAAACCCGAAGGCUAAAGUGACCAACGACAAUUUAGGCCAACGACCGCCUAGAAGAGAUGAGGACGGGUCAAGCUGAAGUCGGGAGAUGUGGGAUCAACUACCUGAGCUGAUAUUGACGCAAAUAUUCGGCCACCUCGACCGUGCCGAUCGCGCCAAUGUCGGCGAAGUCUGUCAAUCGUGGAACCGCGCGUUGUCCUCACCCGAGCUCUGGCGAUCCGUCACGAUCCUCAUCGAUCGUGAUCUAUGCGGCGAGCUUCCUCUGGCGGAAGAACUGGUUAUAAAAUAUGGGCAGCAUAUGCGCAACUUGGAGCUCGCUUUUUCGCGACCAUACAUCUCGCCGAGACAAAUUAGAAUCAGAUGCAACAUUCAGAUGUGGGAGGGCAUCGUAUUUCUCUCAAUUAUGCACGUUAAGAAUGUACAACUACGACAGCUGACCUUGACGAACUGGAUGUUCGGUGACAAAUGGGGCAACCGGGGGAUAUUGCUCGGUUACUUGACAAAGUUCCUGCGUGGUCAACGCAGCUUGGAGAUUCUAAGCUUGUUAAACGCCGAUCUCGGGAUGACCGACGUCUUGCGGUUGUUGAGAACAGUUGCCAAAAGAUCUGGUGAACACUUAAUUUCCUUGGAUCUCCGCGGUGCUUUCAGAGGGUGGCAAGCACCUUACGAAAAUCCGAGAUACUUAAGUUUGUUGGGACGUUUUCAUGCGUUAACUUUAUUAAGAUUGGACUAUUCGGCUUUAUCGAAUCACGCUCUUAAUGCUCUCGCAGCAUCGAAAACACUUAAAAAUCUGUAUAUAUCCAUAAGGGAUUCCGAAUCUAGGCAGCACAUGAUAGCAGAUGCUACUUGGCGAAAUUUGGUACUUGCCUGCCCCAAUCUGAGAGUGUCAUAUACCAUAGUGAACAUCUCCCAUUAUGAGGAUAUGUACUAUUUGUUAUUGCCUAGCGUACCUCUAGCUAAGUUUCAUAUGUUCAGCGGCCACGUAUGGGAUCAGAGCAGAUCCCGAAAUUUCAGAAACACGAUUGGUCUGAUAAUUACUCAAUAUACAAAUACAUUAGUUGAAGUUAUGCUACAGCUUAGGAACAACCGUGAAUCGCUCGAUGAUUUGUUGGUGUCUAUGUUAAUACGUUGCAAAUGCCUGAAGAGAUUACAGUAUGACGGAAUUAUUAGAAAUUUUGAAACUUUACGUGAGAUAUGUCAGCUUCAAGCCGAACGUAAAACCCAUUUCAAAACGAUACAUGUAAAACCUCGGAACAUCAAUAUUCAAAAUCGUGCUAUAUUGAACAAUAUUAAUUACCAGUAUGAUCGCAAAAUGCACGAACAAGGAGUCGACUUUCGAGUUGAAGAUCCCACCUCGAUCUUAUUUUUCUAUUGAUAACUCAUUCUUGUUUUCAUUAAUCUUUGAAUUUUAUUUUUUUACGAUUUGGCAACAAAAGGCUAAUAUGCCUAUUUUGAUAUCAAUAUUUUGCGAUGUGAAAAGAAAUGCCUUCUUUUUAUUAAAUAACGUGAUAACAAAUAGA